GGUAGAAUGUCUCGCGAUCGUGGUGAAGAAAAAUUCUUCCUUCGCGAUGAAGUCGUGGUGCGCAAUCAAAUCGGCAGUGCGUGGGUUAUAAUCCAUGGGAAUGUCUUUGAUAUUACCAGUCUGUUCGACGCAAUCUCGAGCUCUCCCAAAAAGGUUUACCAAUUGCUUCUCGCGCUGGCAGGUAAAGAUUUGAGCGCUUACUUCGAUGCACAAAGGAGACCGAUAUAUCGAAUCAGUAAAGAUGGUGCUAGAGUACCCGUUUUCCCCCCAGUAAAGAUUCGGAACAAUGCUACCGGUGAAUAUUGGUGGAACGAUCGGAGUUUGUUGAUUGGGAAGAUUACAGCUCAAGAAAGAAAAAUUCGCAUUCUGAACAACGUAACAUUCAAACAGUUCGACUUGAUGGUGUGCGAAGAGGAUACCAUCGCCGUUAUUAGACAAAAGUUUCUUCGUUUCAAUGACAAUGCAAUGAAUUACACCUGGCGCUCGAGCAUCGAUCUGACUGACGCAGCGGCUGAUUUACAACUUGAUAGGACGUUGACAGAGAAUGGAAUUAUUUACGAUCGCUACCCACCGGCGCCCCUUAUUUGGUUAUUUUAUCAGAUUCCGGAGGGAAGCGACGCAACAGAAACUGCACCGUCAGCAGCUCCCAACAAUAGUCAACCAUCAGUUCAAGUGGCAAAUUGAAGAAAUGCGCUGUGCCGGAAGUUGAGCCGCUGUGUAGUAAACGUUACAAUUUCACUAUCUCUGGCGAAUCAGGGUGGCUCAGUUGAGUAAAAAGACAAAAAGACCACUAAGCAAUUACAUUACGAAUGGUUGGGAAAGUAUGGUUGUGAAGA